CUGAGCACAUGGUGACGCACGUGUACUCGCAACUUUCCCACAGCCCUACGCGCGCUGCAUCUCCAUGUUAAUACACUCGGCGGCUCCACACUCAAGGCCACCGGCAGCCACAACGCACAACGCUGGGCGCGAGAAAGAAAGCAAAGUUCGCACCCCCGCGGUGCAUCCGGCGCGCGGGCGACGCCCGGCUCGCGUGCGCCUAGACCCGCGGCCAGCCGCCUUCGCAACGCGUGUCCCUAAAGCGAGCAUCGGACUCGGGCGCUGACCCACAUUCGGCCGGAAUGGGUGCGUUCGGAGCGCUGCGGCCCUCGACGCUUUUGUGCGGCCCCGCGACCUUUUUAUGCGCGCGGGCCCUUUUAUCUCGCCGGCUUUCGUCGGGCCGAGCCGUAAUGAAAACGUCAGUAAUGGCCUUUGUUCGACAAGUUGUAUAUACAGGGAGCACUGAAGCGGUAGCCGACCAGUGACAGUUCCAUCAUGAGUUUAGCCCUGCAGCGCGCCGACUCCGGCGACCGCUGCCUCCGGAGCCUCCCUCGUGCGGUGCUGACGGCGGUGGCGUUGUGCGUGACUGCAGCAUCGGCGAGUGAAUCGUGGGUACCUGUAGAGGCCAACGGCUGCCAAGGCCCUUGCUGGAGGCCCUCCGGACUGUUCCCAGAUCCGGCCGACUGCUGCGGCUUCUUUAGUUGUGCGUCGUGCCGCGCCUACCGACUGCGCUGCGCACCGGGCACCGUGUUUGACCGGCGUUUGGGGCUCUGCAACCACCCUCACGAUGCACCCGUCUGCCUGGCACCCAACCCAGGGUGCUACCUGUACUACAUAAGCUUGUCACUCAGUGGGAAGAAAUGAAACAACAGCGGCCAGCAGCAACGAUAUAAAGAACAGCAACAACUCACAAAGCGAAGGAGCUGCCUUCGUGAUCCCCGAAGAAAGUGGCGGACCCGACGAGCCCAGAUUAAACAAGAAAGAAGAAAGAAACUGUUAUAAUAAUUAAAGUAAAGAAACGCUACACCUUAUG